AAAUAUAUUCAAAAGGGAAGUCAGGUUUAACUCAAUUAUUAGAAAAUGCAACUAUUGAAUCCUUAGCAAGUUUUAUGAAUAUUAGUGAAACAAGUAAAACAAGUAAUAAAGAAUCUAAAAAAAAAAGUCGCAUUAGAAGAAGAACAACAACAAUUUGA